AUGUCCGUCGGCGACACCGUCCAGCUGGCGUGCCGUGAUUCGCUGCUUCCGUUCCUGCAGCAGGAGGCGCUCGCAGCCGCCGGAGGGGGAAGCGGGGGCGGGGGAGGCGGGGCGGGGUCGGGAGCGGGAGAGCUGAAGCUUCUGGAAGUGGACGAGUCGAUGCUGGCAGAGCUGCUGCGCGACGGGGUGACUGCAGCAGCAGUUGCAUCAAAUCACCUGGAGGUUGUUCCUGUGGCGCCUAGGCUGGCCCGGCUGACCCACCUGCUGUCUGCAUGUGCUUAUAACGAGCGGGACGAGGAGGAGGAACUGAGGGGGGGUGAAGGGGAGGGAGAGGAGGGAGAGGGAGGAGGGGAAGGAGGAGGGAAAGGAGGGGAGAGAGGAGGUUGGGGGAGAGGGGAUGGUACAGUGAGAGGGGGGGAAGGAGGGGGUUUGGCGAGAGGGACAAGGGGGGUUGGAGGAGGGUUUGGUAGUGGGAAGAGGGGGAGACGGAAAGGGUACACGUGGCAAGAGCUGGUUGGUCGAGUGCAAGCAAGCGAGGAGGAGAUUCGAGCUGGUUUGGAAGCUGCUGGUGCCGUGAAGGUGGGUGCAGAGAGUGGUGCAAUGGGUGCAGAGAGCGUUGCAAUGGGUGCAGAGAGCGUUGCAAUGGGUGCAGAGAGCGGUGCAAUGGGUGCAAAGAGCGGUGCAAUGGGUGCAGAGAGCGGUGCAAUGGGUGCAGAGAGCGGUGCAAUGGGUGCAGAGAGUGGUGCAAUGGGUGCAGAGAGCGGUGCAAUGGGUGCAGAGAGCCUUGCAAUGGGUGCAGAGAGCGGUGCAAUGGGUGCAGAGAGCGGUGCAAUGGGUGCAGAGAGCGGUGCAAUGGGUGCAGAGAGCGGUGCAAUGGGUGCAGAGAGCGGUGCAAUGGGUGCAGAGAGCGGUGCAAUGGGUGCAGAGAGCGGUGCAAUGGGUGGAGAGAGUGGUGCAAUGGGUGCAGAGAGCGGUGCAAUGGGUGCAGAGAGCGGUGCAAUGGGUGCAGAGAGCCUUGCAAUGGGUGCAGAGAGCGGUGCAAUGGGUGCAGAGAGCGGUGCAAUGGGUGCAGAGAGCGGUGCAAUGGGUGCAGAGAGCGGUGCAAUGGGUGCAGAGAGCGGUGCAAUGGGUGCAGAGAGCGGUGCAAUGGGUGCAGAGAGCGGUGCAAUGGGUGCAAUGGGUGCAGAGAGCGGUGCAAUGGGUGCAGAGAGCGGUGCAAUGGGUGCAGAGAGCGGUGCAAUGGGUGCAGAGAGCGGUGCAAUGGGUGCAGAGAGCCUUGCAAUGGGUGCCGAGAGGGGUGCAAUGGGUGCAGAGAGCGGUGCAAUGGGUGCAGAGAGCGUUGCAAUGGGUGCAGAGAGCGGUGCAAUGGGUGCAGAGCAGAGAGCGGUGCAAUGGGUGCAAAGAGUGGUGCAAUGGGUGCAGAGAGCAGUGCAAUGGGUGGAGAGCGGUGAAGAGAAAAUCGGUGACACGUGGCGCAGCGUCGAUCCCGCAUACCUCGCCUCGCUCCUCCACCUGCUGCUGCUGACGUCAGCAGCCAAUGACUGGCCGCCACGUGCCAUUCCCGAGGCUGAUGCCGUGGCUGCCAUGUGCGGGGAAGGGGGGGAGGGGGAGGGGGGAACGGGAGAAAAGCGGGAGGGGGAGGGGGAAACGGGGGAAGAGGGGGAGGGGAUGGGGGGAAAGGGGGAAAGGGGAGAGAAGGAGGGGGAGAGAAGGGAGGGUCCCAGGGCAGAGCUGGUGAGGCACACACCUGUUCAUCCCUCACAUGUACAUCUCCCUAUCCCCUCUCCUCCCUCACAUCACAUGCACCCACCUUUGCCGGCACGCGCUGGCGCCACUCCGCUUUCAUGCACGCAUGGCAAAGCAGGUGCUUCCCACGCGCGUCCCAUGCCUGCCUGCCUGCACACCAUCCCUUGCGAAACCUCCCUUUGCUUCAGGCACGCAUCCCUUUUGACAAACCUCUCCCACAGGCACUCGCUGGUGCCACUCUUGAGACGUCUCAAAAAUCCAUGCCCGACUUGUGAGACGUCUCAAAAGUCCAUGCCCGCACCAUCCCUUGCGAAGCCUCCCUUUGCCUCCUUUGACAACUCUUCCCCCGCAGUCACUUGCUGGCGCCACUCUGCUUUCAUGCACGCAUGGUCGAAGCAGGUGCUUUCCACGCGUCCCAUGCCUGCCUGCACAGCACACUAUCCCUUGCGAAGCCUCCCUUUGCCUCAGGCAGGCAUCGCUUUUGACAACCCUUUUCCCCCCCAGGCACUUGCUGGCGCCACUCUGCCUUCAUGCACGCAUGGCAAAUCAGUGGCUUCCCACGCGCCCAUGCCUGCCUGCACACCAUCCCUUGCGAAGCCCCCCUUUGCCUCCUUUGACAACCCUUCCCCCGCAGUCACUUGCUGGCACCACUCUGCCUUCACGGAUGCAUGGGCAAAGAAGGUGCAUCCCGCCACUGCUAUACCACUUCACACCCCUCUAAACCGAAGCACGCGCUGGCGCCUCUCUGCCUUCAUGGAAGCAUGGGCAAAGAAGGUCCCUCCCGCCAUGGCCCAAUCGCUGGACGCCACGUGGCUGAGAGGGCUGGCAAUCCUGCAACACGUGGGGGGCCCAGCAGCAGCAGCCGCGGCGGCAGCAGCAGCAGCGAUAGGAGCUGGGAAAACGGAGGAGGAGUUGGAGUGUGAGCCGUUGGGGGGGGCACAGAGCACGUGGCUGCGCUUUCUGCCGAGCGACCAGCUGCCAGCCACGGCAGAGCACCGCUUCCAGGCGCUGUUCAGCGUGCAGCCCAUGUGGGCCCUUGGAGAUUUGGAGCCUUAUCUCAUUGACCUACAGGGCCCUGGCCAAUCAGUGGAGACCCUUCUAAUGCGAUUCACGCAAACGUGA